AUGCAUCUGCCUCAUACGCGGGAUGUGCUACAGUGCUGCGUUUGCUGCGACGCAGAAGAGUACUGUUGUUCUUCGCGGGCGUUCGGCUCAUGGAGAAGAUUCGGGGCGUCUCUCAGGAGCUGGGAGCUUCACCUGUUGCUCACGCGAGCCGUCCUUGUACGCAGAAGAAAGACCCUUGCAGACCCGUCCCGGCCGGGGGCCUCACAAGGGGGAAGCCAGGGGCCCUCACAAGACGCAUACCAGGGGCUAUCUCAGCUAUCUCAAGAGAAUGUAGACACACAAGCUCGCUUACCCUCUGGCGAUCACGCCACACAGCAAGAAGAGAAACAGGAUUCAGGCGGGGGAGGGCCUUCUGAUCCAUCAGCUGGGGGCCAGGCUACUGCAACAGCAUUACUUGAGGGGGCCCCGGCCGCCUCGGAGAGGUUUCUCUCGACCGCGGAGACAAACGAGUUAGCGGGUGAACCCGAAGAUGGGUUUAAUGGUGUUUCCUUGUCUCCUCCUGAGGGCCCCCUGCUGUCUGUGCAGGAGGUAGAACGGCUUGUAGAGGGACUGCCUUGGGCCUCCCAGGCUACAGGAAAAGAGGGGUUUCUCUCGACCACGGAGACAAACGAGUUAGCGGGUGAACCUGAAGAUGGGUUUAAUGCUGUUUCCUUGUCUCCUCCUGAGGGCCCUCUGCUGUCUGUGCAGGAGGUAGAACGGCUUGUAGAGGGACUGCCUUGGGCCUCCCAGGCUACAGGAAACUGUGAUGCUCUCGUGCUGCCGCCUUGCACGCGCAUUGUUCAGCUGCUGCUGCUGCACUGCAACAAUAAGCUGCUGACAGCCAUGGGAGAAGGCCUGCUGAUGCGGAAACCCGCGUACCGCUCAUUGCUGCGAGAAGCAGAAAAGGCAGCUGGAGACUCAUCUGAGAGCAGCAGCGGCGACAGCGAGUUUGGCCUUGGCAAUACACCACCGAAAGUUGUGGUCUUCGCGCACCACCGGCGAGUGUUGGACGCCUUGGUGGCUCGGCUCCGGGAAUUGCGUUUGGGGUGUAUGAACACCGCAGCAGCAGCACCGGCGGGAAGUCGCAAACGCCAGGGUUUCGUGCGCAUCGACGGAACAGUUCCUGAGGAGGAGAGAAGGAGACGCCGACGCCUCUUUCUUAAUGACCCUGCAGCAGCAGCACCGGCGGGAAGUCGCAAACGCCAGGGUUUUGUGCGCAUCGACGGAACAGUUCCUGAGGAGGAGAGAAGGAGACGCCGACGCCUCUUUCUUAAUGACCCUACAUGCACGUUGGCCCUUAUUUCUAUAACUGCGUCUUCUCACGGGCAAUUCGUGCCUGUUGGUUUUGCUGUGGGUUGCGCGGGCUCUGAUGUUGCUAGUGAUGAUGAUGCUGCUGCUCACAGGCUAUGCGGGUUUCAGAACCAUCAGCGGCUGCAGCAGCAACAAAAAGGGGGAUCGGUUGUGUGCGCACUGCUGCUGUGA